AUGGAAUAUGAUCUCGACUUUAUAUUAGCUGAUUUAUCGUUUGCUAUUCCUUCUUUAGCUUAUUUUUUAAAAUAUAGUACCUUUUACAUACAAUCUCACAAACAGAUCAGACAAUUAAUGGAAUAUAUUCGAAAUGAUUGGAACGCGUUACAAAAUGAACAAGAAAUCAAUAUAAUACGCAAAUAUGCUGUAUCUGCAAAAAGAUAUAUGUACGCAUUUGUAGGCGUAAGUUAUCCCGGCACUAUUGGUUUCCUUUUAAUCUCGCUUUUGCCAGAUAUUCUUGACAUUAUAGUACCAUUAAAUGAAUCACGCACGCGGCAUCUUCCGUUUAUGGUGGAAUAUUUUUUGAAUGAACAAAAAUACUUUUAUCUUUUAUUUUUGCACAUAGCCGUAACUGUUAUUUUGGGAAUUACGACCGUUAUAGCUACAGAAGCAUUGAUGUUAGCAUACGUUUAUCAUAUUUGUGGCAUGUUUAAAGUAAUCAGGCCCGAAACAAUUGAAAGCCUCGUUUACAUGAGGGCUCUUUUACAUGACAGAUUUAAGAAAUCCGAGUGCAAGGUGAAACACGGUAAAAAAAGAGAGGCUUACCUUGCUCUGGACGUAGUCGAGGGCGAGCAUGCAAUCGGAGUAUCCGCUCUCAGUCUUGAUCGUAGUGCCACCCUGGCCGGAUAUAUAUCUCAAUGGUAUGAGGCUCCACUUCAUGCACAAAAGUUAUUAUUAUUCAUGAUGCAACAAAGUAUUAAAGGUACUGCUAUGUCUGUAGGUGGUAUAUUUGUUCCAUCGUUGGAAGGUUUUGCGACAGUAAUAAAUUUCUUCGAUAUGUUCUUACCAGUAUGUCAGUCUCAUAUUUUACAGUAA